ACAUAUUCCGUCUAAAAGAUUAUUUUCGGUAGGAGAGGAAAGAGAGAAGCAAAGUGUCGCCAUGUCGGAGUUCAGCUACCUUUCUACACCAAGGACCACUCCAUAUGUCUAUAAAACUGUCGUUGACGCUUUCAAUGAGACAUGUACGUCAUAUCCGGACAAAGAAAUCCUGAUAUACUGGGGAAUAGAUGGGAAUAGGGAAAGUUUGACUUACCACCAACUACAAACAGAAACAACGACGUUUGCCCGUUACCUUGUAAGCAAAGGAAUCAAAAAGGGCGACAAAAUUGCCCUCUUUGGCCCAAACACACUUGAAUGGGUAGUUGCUGAAUUAGCAAUCAUAAUGGCGGGCGGUGUUGUUGUCCAUGUGACACUUAGCAUUACUGACGUCAGAGAUUUAUGGGAAAUAUUUUCAACUGCAGAAUGCAAAGCUUUCCUUAUUGAUCCUGGAAAAGGUGAAAAAUACUUGGAUAUAAUUUUUCAACUGAUUGCACUAUUUCGUCGCCGCCGACCUUCACGAGAUUACAAAGAUAUAGACUCAAGCGAUCCAACUCUAGUAUUCCUCAGAAAGAGCGAGCAUUUGCCUUCUUACUAA